CUGCUCCCGAGUCCCGUGCUCCGCUCUCGCCAACGCCAAGGUCGCCAAGUAGAGGGAUUUUAUGGCUCGAUCAUGUGCAGUUUUUAUAGGUUAAGUUAGGUUACGUUGUUAGAUCAUUUGGAUCUCGGACAUUUAGUAAACUCAUUCGAAAGAUUUAAUUAAAAAGGGGAAUUAGUUACAAUGCAAAUUUAAGAAAUUUUAUUCCAAUUAAAUAAUCUAACAGGUGAUGACAUUCAAACAGAUCUAACCUUUUUGAUGGGGACAAAAAUAGAUUGUUAGAAUUGAGAAUUAUCAGGAUAAUUGGAAAAAAAAAUAAAAUAAAGGAUCUUUCUGAAGGGGAAAAAUAGAUCGUUAAAAUUAAGACGAUUGUCAGGAUAGCUGGAAAAAGAUAAAGGAUGAAUGCGACUCGUGUAACGCGUAAGUUGGUCCGGGUUUGCAAACGUUUUGUAAACACCGAGACGAGAUGUCAAGACAGGCCGCAGUGGAUAAAACCGGUGGGACACCAGACCGAAGUAUCUGUAUAUAAUCCGUUAACGAAAUGCAAGGUGCCACUGAUCCUGAAGACAGAGAAUAUUUUGAAGUGGUAUAUCUGCGGACCCACGGUAUACGACUCGGCACACAUUGGACAUGCAACGACUUACAUAAAAUCGGAUAUUAUUCGUCGGAUUCUGUCGGAUUAUUUCAAUAUAGAUGUGCUGUUAGUUAUGGGUGUAACAGAUAUUGAUGACAAAAUAAUUAAACGUUCCAUUGAAAGUGGAAAGGAUUUUGAGACUUUAUCGAGGCAUUUUGAGACUGAAUUCUUUGCGGACAUGAAUAAGUUAAAUAUCCUUGAGCCAUAUUUGCGCUGUAGAGUCACAGACUACAUAUCGCAAAUUGUUCAGUUUAUUGAGAGGCUUAUAGCCAAGGAUGAUGGUUAUGUUGCAAAAGAUGGAUCUGUUUAUUUCAAUACCGGCAAGUACAACAAAUAUGGUAAAUUAGCAACACCCUUGUUACCUAAUGUUAUAAAAGAUCAGCAUGUUAUGUAUAAAAAAUCGCCAUUGGAUUUUGCACUGUGGAAAGCAGCAAAAGAUAACGAACCGUCUUGGAAAUCUCCAUGGGGCCAUGGUAGACCAGGAUGGCACAUAGAAUGCAGCGCAAUUGCAAGCACAGUCUUUGGAAAUUCUGUAGAUAUGCACAGUGGUGGAAUAGAUUUGAUUUUUCCACACCACGAGAAUGAAGAGGCACAAUCUUGCUGCUAUCACGAUGUCGACCAGUGGGUUAACUACUGGCUCCACUGUGGCCAUUUACAUCUGAAAGAUGAUGUAAAGAUGUCGAAGAGUUUGAAGAACACCAUAAGCAUACAAGAUUACCUCGAAGACUAUUCGGCAAAUCAUUUUAGGAUGCUUUGCCUACUGUCUCAUUAUCGAAAAGGUAUUGAAUUCUCGGAUGAAGUUAUGCAAACUGCGGUGACAGUAAUCAAGAAACUUGAUAAUUUCAUGAAUGACUGUGAUAAUUAUGUUGCUGGAAGAUUUAAAACCGGCGAAAUUGAUGAAAAUCUUUUGUUUACAACUUUACAUGACACAAGAAGUCAAGUUUACUCAGCAUUAGCAGAUGAUUUUGACACUUCAAAAGCAAUGCAUGCAAUUAUAAAUCUUGUUGGGAUAGGAAACAAGAUGCUUCAUCAAGAUAAUAUAACAUCUCACAGUAAUAACGUAAGCGCUGUUGCCGCUGUUUCGAAUUAUCUUUCGAAUACUCUCUCGAAGCUUGGCAUUUCACGAUCCACAAAAUCAACAGUAGCAAGUAGACAAAUUGAAGACGUUAUCGAUCAUUUUUUGAACUUCAGAACGACCGUCAGAAUCAAAGCGCUUGAGCAAAAUCCAAAGGACACAGUUUUAUUGAAAGAAUGCGACAAUGUACGAAAAUGUUUAUCCUCUUGUGGGAUUAUAGUGAAGGAUCAACAAAAAAUUACCAGCUGGAGUUGGAAAUAAUAUCUUGAAUAAAAAUUAAAUAUUAAAAUUACAUAUCUAUUCAUUUAAUUGUACGUCUAUAACGUACGUAUUUAAUUGAACGUCCCAAUUAAUCAAUCGAUUUCAAUCCGUAGUUUCUUUUGAUUUCUUUGCGUCA